AACAUAAUAACACUUGUCACGGGACUGGUUUGGACAGUGCUGGUCGGCGAGAAGCAUGGACACAGUUCAUGAUAACGGACCCGUGAGGGUGCGGAAUCCCCAUAUCAAAUCCCUCGGUGUAGAUCAUCUAUACCACAUUGCCCUGGAUACUUCGGACAUUGACAAACUUCAGGCCAUCUUCGGAGACGUUAAGUUUGUUUGUUUCGGAGGCCAGCCGUCUCGUAUGGAAGGAUUCGUGAAAUACAUAAACAAGGAACUAGGCAUCAACACUAACGGUCGCUGUCCACAGAACUACGCUGCUGGAACUGACCGCUACUGUGUGUACAAGGCCGGACCUGUUCUUUCUGUCAGCCACGGGAUCGGAGUCCCCUCCCUCUCAAUCGUGUUCAAUGAAAUCGUCAAACUCAUGCACUACGCCAAUUGUCGUGACGUUACGUUUUUCAGGAUAGGAACAUGUGGAGGAAUCGGUCUGGAGCCGGGCAGUGUGGUCCUCACGGAAAAGGCAGUAGACGGUGAAUUUUCAAGCUUUUACAAAAUGUUCAUCCUGGGAAAGAAGGUAGAGAGACCAGCCAUCGUAAACGAGGAACUCCUCCGGGAAUUGAAAGCAUGUGCGAGUGAGGACGAUGAUUUUCGCACUGUUAUUGGGACCACUCUGUGUACAGAAGACUUCUACGAGUGUCAAGCCAGAUUGGAUGGCGCAUUCUGUGACUUUAAUGAAGAGGAUAAGAUGGCAUUUAUGCAAACAUUGAAGGCAAACAAUAUCUGUAACAUUGAAAUGGAAUCUCUGGGCUUCCUAGCGUUGUGCCGACAUGCUGGAAUCAAAGGUGCUGUGGCGUGUGUGACGUUAUUGGACCGACUGAAGGAGGACUAUAUCACCGUGGACAUCCCCAAACUUAAACAAUGGCAGGUGCGAGCACAGACGUUAAUCCUCCGUUACAUCAAGAGAAAAUUGGACACAGAGAUCGGCUAAAAGGACUUUUACGUGCCAAUCUUGUGGUGUUGGAUCCAGAAGCUGAACAGUUCCGAAAACAGCAAUUUCGGUUUUGCUUCUUGCGGUGACAUCAAAUGAAAUUGAUUUACAAGGUUGAGUGAAGAGUGUAAACAAUUGUAUUCUGAUGAGAGUUGCCAUCUUUUGAUGAAAUAUAUCCAAACAGUAGGUUGUAGUGUAAUACAACGUCUCCAGCGUCUAGUUAAGUGCUUUCUUCUAAAUUGAAGUGCUAUUUCUUUAACGUCUUCCGAAGUCGUUUAAUAUUCCAUAUAAUAGAUAAUCUAUAUUUCAUAACAACUGUAAUGAGCUGAAUAAUUAGCUUAGAGAAGUGGCUUCAAAACAUACCGGUCUCUAAAUCAAUGAAGUACUACUGUAAUGACUUACUCUGUGUUAAAACCAUUAAUAUAGCUUUCUGAUAACUUUUUAUAACAGUUCAUCGAGAUUACUGUUUACGUAGUUGUGUAUUAAGGAGAUCCUAUCAUUUUACAGUGUUAAGGAGAUAUUUUAUAAGAUCAAAUCCACCCAAAGGCGUUUCUUUGAUAGUCCUAGUUUGAUUACUCUUUGAAUACAGAGUUUAAAAAUUGGACAUAAGUGACUUAGUGAUGGCCUGUUUUAGGGUACAGUCGGAGUCAUUACAGUCUAUUCUCAAAUGUUGAUGAAUAAUUAUGUUUCUUCUUGUGAUACGAAAUCUAGGACACACAUUAUACUUACGCACAAUCUAGUCUUAUAGCGUUUAUAUUCACUGUGUCAGUCCCGAAUGUGGUUAUUGAUAAAAUGUACCUGGAUGUAUACAGGAUCCCCAAGAAAUGGACUUGUCGGUUGUCUCAUCCUCAACAAUAUUUAUACUUAGAAAUGAUAAUAUUUAGUACCUAAUUCUAAAUUUGUUUUCUGAAGUAGUGCUCUUUAAUAUGUACAAUUCCACUUAGUCAUAUCAAUAUCAACUCGUUAUAAUCCGGUGUAGUUUAUACAUGAAAUCACUUUAUGUGCGCGUGUGUGUGUGUGUGUGUGUGUGCGUGCGUGCGUGAGGGUGUGUGUGUGUGAGAGGGUGUGUGUGAGGGUGAGUGAGUGUGUGUGUGUGUGUGUGUGUGUGUGUGUGUGUGUGUGUGUGUGUGUGUGUGUGUGUGUGUGUGUGUGUGUGUGUGUGUGUGUGUGUGUGUGUGUGUGUGUGUGUGUGUGUGUGUGUGUGUGUGUGUGUGUGUGUGUGUGUGAGAGGGUGUGUGUGAGUGAGGGUGUUUGUAUGAGGGUGUGUGUGUAUGUAUGCUAUUCCAAUCACAGCCAGGAAACGUUGGUUUUACUUCACCAUGAAUACCUCGUUAGGUAUUAGCUUAUCUGGUCUUCCCGUUGGUAUCUCAGGUAUAUAUGUUGGGAUCUGGGGCCACUUAACAUAAAUCCUACAUUAUCUAGAAAUGUUGUUUUUGAUAGAAUUAUCUCUUUGUCGGUGGUGUAUAAUUUUAUGAGGAGUUAUACAUUGUAUUGGUGGGUCGUAUUAUUCUAACGUGUAUCUGGCAAACCGUCACAUAUUUUGUGCUGGAAAUUAUAUCGCUAGAUUUAUGUACUGUCUUCUACAUCAAAAGUAUGUCGUUUGGUUAGAUCUUAACUAAUGUUGUGGAAUGAAAUGAAUGUGUUACUUAGAAUAUUUACAGACUACAACUUGCUAAAAACUUCAGCUGAACACAACGAAUGUUUUGUUGAAUUGAUUUUUAUAACUAUAUAUAUAUUUGUCAGGACAAUCAUUUUAUUGACUGAGACCUGUAUAACAUUACAUUUUUUUCUUAAUAAGGGAAGGAUCUCAUUAUGCACACACAUCAUUUACAGUGCCCAUGGUUUAAAUUACAUAUACGUACACGUUAAACAAAUUUUUGACAUUCCUGAGUCUAAUUUCACACGUCUAGCAUGAACAGAUAAUAAUUCAACCUAAUAUGUAUAUCAUUCAUCGGUUUAAGGAAAAUUAAACAGUUUACUGGGAAACGCACCUCUGGCAUCAACAGACGUUGCCCUCGUAUAGACUUACAUAUAUAUACUUUCAUAUACCAAAUGAACAUAUAAAUUGUUCUAAACUCUAUGAUUUUUAUUUCUGGACUCGCUCCUAGACAAAUUGCACAUUCGUUACCCACCAUAUUAUAAAACUUCAUCCUAACUCUCGCUCACUUCGUUCUUACGAUCGGAUAAUCAGUCACAAUAACGAAUAAAAUAUCUAUUAAACGCGACAAAUGACCAAUGAUACAAUAUUUAAAAUCAGUAAGAAAAAAAAUCAUUUCUGUUAGAGAAACUCAAGUUUAAAAGGUUUCAAUGCUUAAACCAAAGAAAUUCCAUUCUCGAAACCAAAACCCGUCUAGAAGUAAUGAAGAGCUAUAAUUAGCGUUUUUUUCUUCCAUAAUUUGCUUUUUAUGAUAAUCUAGUUUUGUUUCCAAUGAAUCUAACUUUAGAUAACCGGUUUGAGAUUCCAAAAUCAAAUUAAGAAGAGCUUUGUUCUAUUGCUGCAGGAGCUGUUUUAUAUUCAGAAUUAACCGAUCUACGUAAAAACAUUCUUACAUAGUGCUGAAACAUUUUUAAUCUGCUCCAAAACCAUUUUAUCAUUAACUCUACCUUUUUCGUAUUUUCCAAACGUCUUUGCUAUUUCGAAAACAUUUUAAUUCUUUCAAUGCUACCUUUAUCAGUUUUAUUUAAUUUCAUCUAAUGUUGGAAAAACUUAGGAAUUUUCAAAUUGGAUAAGUUCUGUUUUUCUAGAAUUGUGAAGAUUGUUGAAGAAACCAACCUGAUUCUGGAUUAUCUCCCCUUUACUACCAAAAAUUCUGCCAUUUCGCAUUAUCAUCAGCUGUUAAUUUAUGAAAUUUCAUAUUCAAAAUCACAACAAAAUAUAUUGCAGUCUUUUCUCAAUUAUAACACUAAUUUGCAUUUGAUCUUAAUAUAAAUCCUUCUACUUCAGAUUUUCUGCUCUUCUUCAGAUGCUGUUUUUUUGUUUGUUUGUUUUUGUUUGUUUAUCUUUGUUUGGCUGACAUAUUUAUUUGAUUUCUAAUGAGAGAACAUACGUUUUUAAAAUAUAACCAUCCAUUCUAUUAUUAUUUCCUUAAUCUGUUAAAUAACACAUAGUGAAAGAACUUAUCUGGGAUUUCUCAGCAUCCAUGAUGUUGUACUGGAGAAUUCUAUCACUUGGUGAUAUAUCAUAUUGCACUCGGGAAUCAUGUCGCUUUGUUUUAUAUUUUUAUAUGGUCUUGCAGUGGAGAAUCAUAAACUUUGGUAAUUUUUUUUUUCAGGAGGUUGAUACAUGUAUUACCUGGUUGUUUAUUAUUUCAUGUGGGAAAACCAUAUCACCUGGUUAUAUAGCAUUUAGCAUCGAGGAAUCAUAUAUAACAUCGCAUCAUGGCGGACAGUUGGUCAUUUUGGACUUUGAAAUUGCUAGCUUUUACUGCUAUGUCUUGAGAUGUAAUGGAUAUAUCUUUCUUUGAUUUCAUAAGCAGGUUCCCAUUGGUCUUUAGACGUACUUUUUUCUUACCUUGGGACUGAUAAGAAAAAUUCAAAAUGGCCGAAAGGUGUCCAUCUUAGAUUUUGACAUUGAAUGUUUGUUAACUCUAUUAUUGGAUGAAUCCCUCCCAAUUUUCCAGUUUAGAUCCUCAUUGGUCCCUAGUUGUGUCCUUUUGAUUUUUGGAAUGAUAAGAAAGUCAAGAUGGCUGACAGACGACCAUCUUGGAUUUGAUAGUAACAGAUUGUUAUCGUUAUUAUUUUAGGAUGAAUUAAAAAAAAUUCUUAUAAUUAUGAGUUAAACCAGAGGAAGGGGAAAGUAGGGAAAAGAUCCAUGCUUUAUAGACAAACUAAAUUAGAUAAAUAUGGGUGCCAAGGUGCUUCUUGGAUAUAUUUUUAUAUUUGUUUGAGAAUUUCUGUAAAACUAAUUAAUUACCAGUACCGGUGUUUUUCCGUUAAUAAAACAGAUGCUUGGUUAGAUGACACUUAGUUUACCUGUACGUUUAGUCAUUGUCCUCUCUGUCAAGGUACUAAAGGUUCUCUUAUAAAACCCAGUAUUUCCGAAACCGUAAUUUCUUCAGGUCAGCUUCAUUAAUACCUGAAAUGAAACUGAAACUUGAUCAUCUCGCCAAUCAGCUGACAGACAAUUUUCAUCUAUAACCGACGUGUCGUCCCACACGUGUAAUAUCUAUUAUUUACUGACAUAUGUGAGGGUCGAGGAUAUAUUCUUAUUCAAAGUUCAGUUUUUUAUCAAUAGUGUGUAGGGAUUCGUUGUCUCCAUUUCACAGGGUGUCUCCUGUUUGUUGUGUUUUCCAUAUCAGUUGUUCCCUUGUCGAAUUUCAACAAGGAAGGAAAACUAAUGUUAAUGUGUGUUUAUUUUGCAUGUGACUGUGUGUUUGUAGUUAUUUAUGCCAAUGAAAUGAUACCAUUGCCAUAUUCGUUCAUAACGACAUGUGCUUUAUUUUAUAUAUGAUUUUCAACUCAAAAUAUUUUAUUUAACCAAACAAGAUUUAAUGGAAAUCGGGCAACAGACAAUGCCUUCACAAGCCGUCUCUUCUAGAAUACAUACAUUUCAAACAAUAUUACUGUAGUACUAUAUUCUUAAACGUAUAAACACUGAGAACAUUGAAUAACAGUUUUAAAGCAAAUUCAAAGUUUUGAUACACAACUACUUAAAAUACACUCUAACUCAUACGUUUGCAUUAUCAUAAUGCUUGGUAAAUACAUUAUUAUGCAUGCAUGCAUAUACUCAUGAUUAUAAAAUCUUAUUUACCAGUUAUAUAGUUGAUGAUGUUUUGUACUAUUUAAAUGUAUAUUUUGUUUCUCAGUUUGAAAA